CCACCUAUCGAUCGUCGCGGGCAAGCCAGCGCAGAGUGUAGAACUCUUUCAAGAGGGAAAGUUUCUUAUCUUUGCUGACGCAUCGAGGGCAGGAGCUGGAGCAGCGACAAAUCUGACUGUCUCGACGAAGAAACGUGGUGUGAGGCUCGCUAUGAGAUAGAAAUCAUCGUCUACGAGUACGCAAAAGAAAAAUACACGAAAGAAAAACAACCAGCAAGAUGGGUUCACUGUUUAGGAGCGAGGAAAUGACCCUCUGCCAGCUCUUCUUGCAGAGCGAGGCUGCCUAUGCUUGCGUCAGCGAGCUUGGCGAACUCGGUUUGGUGCAGUUUCGAGAUUUGAAUCCAGAUGUAAAUGCGUUCCAAAGGAAGUUUGUUAAUGAAGUGAGGCGUUGUGAUGAAAUGGAAAGAAAGCUGCGUUAUUUAGAGAAAGAGAUAAAGAAAGAUGGAAUUCCCAUGCUAGACACCGGAGAAAAUCCUGAAGCUCCUCAACCCAGGGAGAUGAUCGAUUUAGAGGCGACCUUCGAGAAGUUGGAAAAUGAGUUGAGAGAAGUCAAUCAAAAUGCAGAGGCAUUGAAGAGAAAUUUCCUUGAGCUGACAGAACUUAAACAUAUUCUUAGAAAAACUCAGGUUUUCUUUGACGAGGCUGAGCAUGGAAGUGUCGUGUCGCAGAUGGCGGACCCAAGCCGCGAGGAAGAGCAGGUGACACUGCUGGGCGAGGAGGGCCUCCGCGCCGGCGGCCAGGCUCUCAAGCUCGGCUUCGUCGCUGGAGUCAUUCUACGCGAGCGCAUUCCCGCCUUCGAGCGCAUGCUGUGGAGAGCCUGCCGCGGCAAUGUGUUCUUGAGGCAAGCUGAGAUCGAGACUCCGCUCGAGGAUCCAUCCACGGGCGACCAGGUUUACAAGUCUGUGUUCAUCAUCUUCUUCCAAGGCGACCAGCUGAAGACGCGAGUGAAGAAAAUCUGCGAGGGAUUCCGUGCCACUCUCUACCCAUGUCCCGAAGCACCGGCGGAUCGUCGCGAGAUGGCUAUGGGCGUCAUGACUCGCAUCGAAGAUCUCAAUACCGUUCUGGGUCAAACGCAAGAUCACCGGCAUCGCGUGCUCGUCGCCGCGGCGAAAAACAUCAAGAAUUGGUUCGUCAAGGUGCGCAAGAUCAAGGCUAUCUAUCACACGCUCAAUCUGUUCAAUCUCGACGUCACCCAAAAAUGCUUGAUCGCUGAAUGCUGGGUGCCCGUGCUCGAUAUCGAGACCAUUCAACUUGCCCUGCGUCGUGGAACUGAACGCAGCGGCAGCUCAGUGCCACCAAUUUUGAAUCGUAUGGAGACAUUCGAGGAUCCCCCCACGUACAAUCGCACGAAUAAGUUCACCAAGGGCUUCCAAGCGUUGAUCGACGCUUACGGUGUGGCAUCUUAUCGCGAAAUGAAUCCGGCGCCUUACACCAUUAUUACCUUUCCCUUCCUGUUCGCCGUAAUGUUUGGUGAUUUUGGCCACGGUCUUUUGAUGUUCCUCUUCGGACUGUGGAUGAUCAUUAAGGAGAAACCACUUGCUGCUCGGAAGAGCGACAACGAGAUCUGGAAUAUCUUCUUCGGUGGCAGAUAUAUCAUCUUUCUCAUGGGCGCUUUCUCCAUGUAUACUGGUCUCAUCUACAACGACAUAUUCUCAAAGUCGCUAAAUAUUUUUGGCUCGCAUUGGACAAUUCCACCGUCCAACUACUCAGGAAAAAAUAUGUGGCUAAAUACACCGAUGACUUUAGACCCUUCAUGGAGUUACAAGCAGGAUCCUUAUCCGUUCGGUAUGGAUCCAAUAUGGCAGCUCGCCAGUAACAAGAUUAUCUUUCUUAACUCCUACAAGAUGAAGAUCUCCAUUAUCUUCGGCGUCAUCCACAUGUUAUUUGGCGUAAUCGUUGGCUACUUCAAUCAUACAUACUUCAAGCGCCAACUCAACAUCGUCUGUGAAUUCAUACCGCAAAUCAUUUUCCUUCUUUUCCUCUUCUUUUACAUGACCCUCCUCAUGUUUAUCAAAUGGAUCAAGUAUGGACCUUAUCACCCAAUAUACAAUACCGAUCCAAAGACAAGUCCAUAUUGCGCGCCAUCGGUACUUCUGUCCUUCAUCAACAUGGUAUUGUUCAAACCGGCCGUGGAACGCAAGUACGAUGCAACAGGUUACUGCGAUUCAGGCAUGUACGGUGGCGAGUCAGGCUUCGAGAAAUUCCUCGUAAUCCUUGCCGUACUCUGCAUCCCAUGGAUGCUUUUGGCGAAACCUAUCAUGAUAAUGCAGGAACGAAAGAAAAAACACGUACAGCUGAAUACUCACGGCACAGAAAAUGGCGACAUAGAUGGUGCUGUUCAAGCGGCUGGUCAAGCCAGAGGUGGCCAUGAUAAAGAAGAAGAGAUGAGUGAAAUAUUUAUUCAUCAGGGUAUUCACACCAUCGAAUACGUCCUUGGUAGUGUCUCGCAUACUGCAUCUUAUCUUCGUUUGUGGGCGUUAUCUCUUGCCCAUGCACAAUUGUCUGAGGUAUUGUGGAGUAUGGUUAUGAAGAAUGGAUUGGUUGCCCCAGGCUGGAUCGGAGGUAUUGCCUUAUGGGCCAUAUUUGCCAUGUGGGCUGUCCUUACCAUCGGAAUUCUUGUACUUAUGGAGGGACUUUCAGCUUUCCUUCAUACUCUUAGGCUUCAUUGGGUCGAGUUUCAGAGCAAAUUCUACCUUGGACAAGGCUACAGUUUCACUCCAUUCUCCUUCGAGAUACUCUUGGAUGUUGCUCAAAGCACUAAUGAACAAGUCGAUUAAGAAGCUCGAGAAAAGCGCGUUCGCUAUUUUCAAGUUUCAAUCUCGAAUUAUAUACAUCAAGAAUGGGUUUUGAUUGACGUCUAACUUAUGAAAUGUACUUCUCUCUCUCUACUAAAAUUAGUGUUGAUUGUAUUCUUGAGGAAUGGAAAAACGAUAUAAAUGAUAUAUUUUCUUGUUAAUUUAAGUGCUUUGCCAAUUGUAUUUUCGUUUCUAAUACUAUAAAAGUAAUGGCAUUGAGAUUUUUCUUUUCGUGUAUAUAUCUCAUCAAAAGUUUUUUUUCUGUUCCGACCAGUAACAUUGCGUUUUACUGAAUGCUUUAAUAGAUAUAUUUAUUAUAUCGUUAUCUGUUGCAAUGAAAUAUUUGUACUUUAUGUAACAUUUUGAAAUUCCUGGAUUGAAUAUUGCCUCGCUCAUGUACAUGAAAUACUGAAUAGCUUUCUGUUAUUUCAUGUUAUAAUAUCCAUGAUUAAUAGCAGCGUGUGAAAUGUUCAGACUUAGUCAAGUCAAACAUUAAUUGUAUAUUUGAAUCUCAUAAUGUUUUGAAAUGCGCACAAAGCAAUUUUAAGUUAUUUCGUCUUUUUUUAAUUCAUUCGUCUAAAAUGGUAAGAGGAAUAAUGAUAUUGCAAAAAUGAUAAUAAAUAUAGCAUCAAUAAAAACUAUUUUAUUUU